AUGCUGACAUAAGUCUGGCACUCUGAGGUGAAUAAAUCUUGGCGUCACGUGACCGUGGGACCCAGGUGUCGUGGGAACAAGUCCGGUCCAGUCAGCGACCACUGGCUAUAUAAACACUGGCCCAGGGCCCGGGGGUAACAGUCUGGUACACUGUGUAGGAUUUGAUUUCAUCUGUUGGCUGUAAGUUGCAAGUCUGACGUCACCUGUGUCAAGUCUGACGUCACAUCUUACAAGUCUGACGUCACCAAGUAUUGAACAAUGCUGCUCACCCUAACCCUGGUACUGAUGGUUCCUGCUCUCUGUCUUGGACUCGAGGAUUUUCUUCCAACCUCUGAAGGACCCCCCUCUGAAAGACCACGUACCUUCCGACCCCCCUCAGAACCCGUUCACAGUUUUUGCAACACGAGCGUGGUUGACCUUUUCCCUUGGAGCAAUGUCCGAGUGCGGAGUCCCGUGGGUGAAGACGGAAAAUACGUCUCCAACUUAAACUGUCAGUUGAGGUUCAGAACUCUAGAUGGUCCUUUGCUUGUCACAAUCUCCUUCCAGGAUUUCGACGUGGAGCUAAUUGACAACUGCCAUUAUGACUUCCUGUGUGUCAAUGGCGUGAAGUUCUGUGGUACCUGUCCCAAGGACCAAGAGUACCAGUUCCUGGUACCAGCAUAUGAAAACUUUACCUUGACCUUCGCCACAGACGUUGCCGUCAAUAAGCGCGGGUUUCAGCUGUCCCUGCAAGCCAGGAUGUACACUGGCGGGAUUGUGAGCACUCCCACGGGCGUGGUCAAUGAGUGGUCAAGCAAAAAUUUCACCAAUGUGACCCUGGGGUCUGUCUACAUAGACCGGUGCGUGAACACACCCAACCCAUGGUUACAGCACGCCAUCACCAGCCCUUCGUACCAACACACCACCAGCACUUGGUAUUUCGACACCAACAGCCCGUGGUACCAACACACCAGCAACCCGGGGUACCAACACACCACCAACACGGGGUACCAACACACCAGCACAGUACGGCCGACAGCCGGUAAUACUGAACAACCCCGCACUAACCCCAACGACAUACUGCCGAACCCACUAGACACAUACACCUGGCCCCCACGUGAGUCCACAACAUCCUUCCCAACCUUCCCAGCCACUACACCACCCAACCCGUGCUACGGCCAUCCAUGUACAACCCAUCCAUACAACCCCAACAACCCCCGCAACCCCUACUCCAUCUACGCUGUGAUGGAAGCUGUCCAGUACCUUCAACAGGAACAGUUCAACCGUGACCACGUGCUGUCCCUGCUUCAGCUGUUCCUGCAACACAACAGGAUGUAACAGCCAGCAACAGCUUUAACCAGCCUGCAUCAUAACAGCUUUAACCAGCCUACAACAACUUUAACCAACCUACAACAGCUUUAACCAGCCUACAACAGCUUUAACCGGCCUACAAGACAACAGCUUUAACCAGCCUACAACAGCUUUAACACGCCUACAAGACAACAGCUUUAACCAGCCUACAACAGCUUUAACCAGCCUACAACAGCUUUAACCAGCCUACAACAGCUUUAACACGCCUACAAGACAACAGCUCUAACCAGCCUACAACAGCUCUAACCAGCCUACAACAGCUUUAACCAGCCUACAACAGCUUUAACCAGCCUACAACAGCUUUAACCAGCCUACAACAGCUUUAACCAGCCUACAACAGCUUUAACCAGCCUACAACAGCUUUAACCAGCCUACAACAGCUUUAACCAGCCUACAACAGCUUUAACCGGCCUACAAGACAACAGCUUUAACCAGCCUACAACAGCUUUAACACGCCUACAAGACAACAGCUUUAACCAGCCUACAACAGCUUUAAUUAGCUUAAAACAGCUUUAACCAGUCUACAAGAGCUUUACACAUCUACAAGACAACAGCUUUAAACAGCCUGCAUCACAUCAAGGAUUACCAACUUAUACAAUUUUUAAAAAUAAAAUAUUAAACAGAAUCUCCUGUAACAAAUGAUU